AUGUCGCCAAGCGUCGGCCUUCGUAUGCCUUUGUUUGGCCGAUUCAACACGUUGACUCUGCAUCUGCGGCACAUAAGAGCUACCUCUACUCUAGGAUUGUACUACUGUAUCUGUCCGGAGGGACAGCUGCUGCAGGAGGACGGCAAGAGCUGCGGCACCUGCAAGUCGGCCAACAUCGACUUGGUGCUUCUGAUCGACGGCUCCAAGAGUGUCCGACCCCAAAACUUUGAGCUGGUCAAAAAGCUUGUUAACCAGGUUGUGGACUCUCUGGACGUGUCUGCUCAUGGCACCAGGGUCGGUCUGGUUCAGUACUCUAGCCGGGUCCGGACAGAGUUCCCCCUCAACAUGUACCACACUGCUGAAGAGAUCAAAGCUGCAGUCAUGAAGGUUAACUACAUGGAGAAAGGCACUAUGACAGGUCGGGCCCUGAAACACAUGCUGGAGAACAGCUUCUUAGAGUCAGAGGGCGCUCGUCCUUCCAGCCGCAACAUCCCCCGAAUCAGACUGGUCUUCACAGACGGACGCUCGCAGGACGACAUCACAGAGUAUGCCAAGAAGGCCAAAGAAGCCGGUAUCACCAUGUACGCCGUGGGCGUGGGAAAAGCUGUGGAAGAUGAGCUUUGUGUGAUUGCAUCUGAGCCUCAGGAGAAACAUUUCUAUUACACCACCGACUUCACUGUCAUCAGCAACAUCACUGAGAACCUCAAACUCAACGUCUGCCCAGAGGAGAGUCAGGGGGAGAUCGAGGUGAAGGACCCGUGUGCCUGCGAGAGUCUGGUGGAGUUCCAGCAGGCCACCAUGAGCAGCCUGGAGCAGCUCACACAGAAACUAUCUGGGAUGACUACUCGUCUGGAGAAGCUGGAGAACCAGCUUCUCUCCAGGAAGUGAGGAAGUGAUCUUCAUCACAGUGAGCGGACGGGAUGCCACAGGGAAAAAGAAAGAAUAACAGAGUGAGGAAGAGGAGGGCACAUCAGAAACCUUCCCAAUCAAUGGACAAAACCAAAGUGUCUUUUCACAAAGCCUUUGUAGCCUUCAGUCGGCUCGUUGCUCUUCACCUUUAUGAGGAUGUCAUGUAUCUGAAAGCUUGUGAUAUAGAAUCAUAUUUCUGGUAUCGAUGUAAAUUACCUAAUUUGUACACUUUGUUUAAAAGAAUACAAAAUACAACAAACACUACAUCCACUUUCCCACCCAUCACUGGGCAAAACAACUUUAAACAAAUGCCUUCAUAAAACAGAUUACAUUUCCAAGUUUCCCCAGGACAUCUGUUAAUGAGUAAUUUCGGUAUUUUCCAACAUGGAUCCUAUUUUCCCAUGCAUUGCUGUAUAAGUGGCUGAUGUGAACAAACAUCUUUGAAAUUGGUCCGGUAUUGAGCAAGAACGCUGUAACCGGCCGCCACAAACUGGAAUGUAAUCAAAUACGUAGGGCAAAUGUGAAUCGGCAAUUUCAGUUCACUAAAAGUUCUGUUUUUGCCACCGACAGGCUCCGAUUAUUAUUCUAAGUGUCUGACAACAUUAUGGAGAGGAUCCCUACAGAGAUAGACCUUUUUGUUAAAGAAUAAGAUCCUUUUUGAUUAAGCAGAAACAGCCUAGAAAUCGCUAUUGCCAAACUCACCAGACUUCAUUUAAAUAAUCAAUACUUUUAGCCUGUAUAGAGCCAACACAUUUAUACAUGUAAUUAGGUAAAUUAAGGGGUUUAGUUUCAAUCAAACCUGAGUGGUAACUGUUGGAACAUUUAUAAGAUGAACCAAGACGGCUUUUGAUAGUUUUAUUUUGUUUCUGUUGACUUUGAAUGAAGUGUGUUUUUUACGACAUCAGUCACUUAGACACAAAAACAGAAGUAAAUAGGGUUGAGAAAAUACCAAAUUUACCCUUUAACUUUUGGGAUUUGUGUGUACCUACAUAAAGGAUAAACAGUUACACACACAAAUGGGACUGCAGGCAUGUUGGCUAUCUUUGUAAACUCGAUGUAAUCAAUGUACUGUAGAUAUUAGACACAAGCACAAAAAAAAUAAUAGUGAAAACACAAGUUUUCAUCACGCUCAGUAUUCAUUCGCUGCCACGCACCAUUCUUCUGUUAGUGCCGUUUAUACUUGAUCUGUUUUGUACGGUUUGUUAAAUGUGAUGUAUUUAUAGCAGAUUGUUUGUUUGCUUUUCUACUACUACAGUAGAAUAGCAAUUUAGAGAAAAGAGAUUUUAUAAAAAGAAGUGUUGUUACCACUCCCAAUAUUAAAUUGGUUCGGGUCAUGUUCAUACCAAAUCAUUACUUGUUUCCCCGUCUAAACUAGUUUUGAAACUCUAAACUAGUUUGGAUAACAGGUCUGAGGACUGAUGAAGAGGAAAGUGGUUUAGAUUUAAAACAAAAAGGGAAGCUAAGAAGUUUCAAGUAUCACUGUUCACUAAAGCUGUGGUCUGUUGUUGACAGAGAAAAUGUGAUGAACCAGAUAUGACAGGAACCAGUAUUUUACUCAAAAUAAAUAUGGUCUCACAUUUGUUAAUCAAAUUUGUUCUCUACUCUGCACUUUCUAGAUGUUGUCUUACAGUGCCCUAAACAUGUCUCAGUAUUAUUAAUA